AUGGCUUCUCGGGCGACGAAAAUGGGCAAAAAAGCCAAAGCAGCCCUAGACACGGUUAAACACCCGCCUUACUUGAGGAUUUAUGUUCCAGCUCAGCAAGCUAAGCCAGCACCUCCACUGGGUCCACAAUUGGGCAAGCGCAACAUCAAUAUUGCCAACUUUUGCAAAGACUUUAAUGAGAAGACGAAGCACAUAAAAGCAGGCGUGCCAGUUCCCUGUGAUAUCUUCAUCAACCCCGAUCGAAGCUACAAACUUCAGAUGUCCCAUCCGCCUUCACAAUAUCUCCUUCGCAUGGCGGCUGGCGCAAAAAAGGGAGCCGCCACUCCGGGUUCCGAGGUUUCGGGCCGCUUGACGCUGAAGCACAUCUACGAGAUCGCAUUGCUCAAGAAGGAGGAUCCAGCCUCGCAGGCGUCCUCGUUGCAAUCGAUAUGCGCCAGUCUCAUCUCGGAGGCGCAUCGUGUGGGCAUCGACGUGCUGUCGCGCUCGGAGGCUGCCAGCCACACGCCUGAGAGCUACGCGGAGUUCAUGAAACAGCGCGAAAUCGACGUGCUCGAGCGCAAGAAGGAGCUGGAGGAGAAGAAGCAGGCAAAGAUGAUGCGUAUCUCGUGA